UUUAGUUUCACAUCAGAAAGCAAAGUUGGUGGGGCUAUGUUUUAUGCUGUUCUGUUUUGUUUAUAGACUUUCAUAUAAUUGGGUGUGUGGUUAUUUCCUACAUGUGAUAUAAAACAAUCUCAAUUCUUAAAUAUAAAUGCAUUUAUUGUGAGGAUUUCAAUUAAAAAACUCAGUGAGUUCCCCUUUACACCAAAUAAUUUAUUGCAAAUUGUCGAAAAAACAAACAGCAACGACCGAUACACAAAUAUCGUUUAGGAGCCGUUUACGUUGUUGUUCCCACUCGACCAUAAAAAUAUCACCAUAAGUGCGUGUACCACCAUUCCAUAUUUGUUCACCUGUCGUCGUAGUUGCAUAAUAAAUAUUUCAUUUCACUAACUUCACUGUGAUGGUUCGCCUUACACGCAGAGAACGCCAGGACAAGAUUGUGCUAUUGGCUAGCAUCAACAAAGUAAAUAUUGGCGAUGAAACCGAAGCUGUGGACAAUGAUGGAUAUGUAGUAAAUUAUAAAAAUCCUGUAAAGUAUAAUGAUGACACUGAUGCCAUAUUCUUAAAGGGUCUCCUACUAAGCAAUCCUUCUACACCAAACAAGGAUAUAUUGUUGAAUUCGAAUAAACCGGAGCCAGUGCCAGCAUUUCUUCCCGUUCAUUUAAAUAAUAAGCCAAUUUGUGACGAUAUUAUAAGAAAGUUUUCUCCAUCGCGACGUUUGGAAUCUCGUGAAUUAGCAAAACUAUUAGCUCAGCCACAUUUUAGAGCGCUUAUUCGUGCACAUGAUGAAAUAGGUUAUUUGUACGAGAAUCGUUUAAAAGCCGCUGGUGGAUCUAUUGUUAAAUUGGAAACAAUAUCACAACGUAAAAGUAGUUAUCUUUUUCCUCCGGAAAUACUUAAAACCAAAAUGCCCGUAGAGACAAUAAAAAUGGUUGGACUACGGCGCGAUCCAAAUCAGCCGCUUGGAUUAACUGUUGAAGUUGAUGAACAUAAGCAGUUAGUAGUAGCACGUAUAUUGGCUGGUGGUGUUAUAGACAAGCAGGGUCUCUUACAUCCUGGUGAUGUGAUACUUGAAGUCAAUGGCUCACCUGUUCAUACGCCUGAAGAGCUACAGGUUGAAGUAUCGCGAGCGAAAGAAAAUUUAACAUUGAAAAUUGGUCCAAAUGUGGAAGAAGAAAUAAAAUCAGCGCGCCUUACAUUAGGUGGACAGGUAAAACAAAAUGGAAUCUCAAAUAUUGAAACGGGUAAAAAACUAACGUGUUAUAUGCGUGCUUUAUUUACUUACAACCCAUCCGAAGAUUCAUUGUUGCCAUGUAAAGAUAUUGGUCUCGCGUUUAAGUCCGGAGAUAUUUUGCAAAUUAUUAAUGUGAAAGAUCCAAAUUGGUGGCAAGCAAAAAAUAUAACUCUAGGAACGCCUCAGAUUGGUUUAGUACCAUCACAAGAAUUAGAGGAAAGAAGGAAAGCAUUUGUAGCUCCCGAAGCUGAUUAUGUACACAAAAUAGGUAUUUGUGGUACAAGGAUCUCAAAACGAAAGCGUAAAACUAUGUAUCGUUCGGUUGCUAAUUGUGAAUUUGAUAAAGCGGAUUUAAUGUUAUAUGAAGAGGUUACUCGCAUGCCACCAUUUCGUAGGAAAACUUUAGUGUUAAUUGGUGUCUCAGGUGUAGGCCGACGUACUCUCAAAAAUCGUUUGGUAAAUAGUGACCCAGAUCGUUUCGGUGUUGUUAUUCCACAUACAACGCGUCCGAAAAGAGCACUUGAAGAGAAUGGUGUAACUUAUUGGUUUACCGAUAGAGAAGAAAUGGAAGAAGAAAUUAAAAUGAACAAAUUUUUGGAAUAUGGUGAACAUAAUGGUAAUCUAUAUGGGACUCAUUUGCAAUCAAUAAAAGAUGUUAUCAAUAAUGGGCGUAUGUGUGUUCUAGAUUGUGCUCCAAAUGCAUUAAAAAUUUUACAUAAUAGCCAAGAAUUGAUGCCAUUUGUUAUUUUUAUUGGCGCGCCAGGCAUGGAGCAGUUGAAAACGAUUUAUGCAGAACGUCGUGCUACUGGAUCUAACAAAAACUUAACUUUUGAUCGUCAAAGCUCUAUACGUUAUAGUUCAAGACGUGCACGUACACUGGAAUCUCUUGCUUCUUUAUAUGAGGAUGAUGAUCUUAUUGCCACUGUGGAAGAAAGUGCAUUUGUCCAAAGAAAAUAUGAAAAAUAUUUUGAUAUGGUGAUCAUUAAUGAAGAUUUCGAUGAAACUUUCCGUCAAGUAGUGGAAACUUUAGAUCAAAUGAGUCACGAAGAACAGUGGGUACCAGUAAACUGGAUUUACUAAUUUCACGACAAAAUAAAAAUAAAUAAAUAGAUAGAUAGUUAUAUAUAUAUACAUAUAUAUUUAUUGUUAUACCUAUAUACUUUACAAUAUGAUGAAAAACGUAUAAACUAUUUUAUGACUAUUGCUUCCUGUAUUUGCUCUUGAUGGUAAGCCUUCGAUGUACACGAGCGUUUCACAAGUGUUCUUAUUUAACGAAAUCACAAAAUUCAGAUUUUUAAAAACAAAUUAUAGGAAAAUAUAAAUAUAUUAUAUUAUAUAUUAUUAUAUUAUAAUA